AUGCCAGCACCCUGUGAACCAUGCAAAGAUUCGUGCAAGGAUGGCGCGGCCGCGUGUAAAGACAAUUGCACUUGCGAGGCGAACUGUUCCGAUUGUUCCACUAAACAAGGUACUAAACCAAAUGAAAAAUUGACACAUUCUCUCAAAGCAAUUUAUUAUAGAGUUUCAUAUGAGACAGUAGAAGAGUACUAUAGUGAUAAAGAAUACGACACUGAAGGAUAUGGGAAAGCAGGUCUCAAGGAUCUUGGUGAUACGGGAGCAGAGCGAGGGACGACGACGGCGGCGGCGUCUCCCCGCGUCCAUUUUGAAACUGUAGCUAAAAUACUAACAAUUAACAGCAACCACCUGAAAGAGAAUGAAAUAAUAUAUUCUGAUACGACGUGA